AAUAAUUAAUGCCUACUUAUAGCCAUGACUGCAUAUUUACUGCUAUUACGCAUCUUGUCGCUAUCUUGAUGCUCAGAAAUGCUGCAUCCGAAAUUCCGUCGCUCUUCUUGCUUAACCUGUAACCUACGCACAAUCCCUGAAGCACCGCAAUCUGAUUCCUCAGUCGCCUUGGAACUCACUGUGAUACGUUAACUUACUCUGCAUUUCUUUUUCUUCGAUAUGAUCCGUUGGUUUCAAUUGUCGCUUAAUGGGUUUACCUCUCCGGCACUUCUCUAUAAGUACUCGGGACAAGACUUAUCGUGCUUAAUCCCCCGGUAUCAUUGCCAUUGCAUUUCCUCCUGUUAAUACCUCGAUCCCUCAUCUAGAUGCCUUAGCUUCCCCAGUUCGAAUUAUCCAUGGCCAGAACAAACCAGAAGAAGGCCGAAAAGGCUGCGGCGAAAAAGAAGACACCAAAAGCAGCCAAGGAUGCGACGCCGAUUAAAAGCAACAGACGUUCUCCUGUCAAAUGGGACCAUAGAAAGGACAAGAUCAUGCUGUUGGCUGUCCUGGAUUUGCAGAGGGUCACGGCGCCUGACUAUAAGCGAUUGGCCGAGAAGAUGGGCAAUGACUACACGCCCAGCUCUUUGAAGAGUCGUUACACCGCCAUCUACCUUGCCAGUCAAGAGGUAUUGGAGGAUCGCCAGGAAAGAACCGCGGAGCAGGAGGAGCUCAUGCGCGUAGAGAUUGUUAACGAGCGUCCCUCUACUGCCGCCGAGGAGGACAAAGAGUCUGAAGAGUCUGAAGACCCGGAAGCACCUUCAGAAGGCGCCUAUUCCCCCGAGCCUCCAACUUCUAGGGCUCCUAGGGCGCCCAGAGCGAUGCUGUCUCCGGACUUCGAGAUACUCGAAAGCCGACAGCACGACACUCGCUAUCGAGCAGACACUGCUGAUACCACCUCUGAUCGAUAUUCUUCACCGUCAGCAAGUAACCGCAGAACCUCCUUUUUAGGGGGAAAACUACCAGAACGCUCAUUGAAUUAUGAGCCUGGCCGGCGACAUCACGACCCGCCACUCACGCCGCGGUCUACUUCGCCUUCCAGACAAUAUGGGGGUAGCACACCCUUUCGAUCGGGCGAACCUCGGGGCCCUCAGGUUUCCGGUGGUGGUACACGGGAUUCUCCUCCACGAGACUCACGGGAAAGGCAUGAAAGACACGAGAGACGAUCGAGAUCUAGCGUGAGAAAGCCAAAUCUGCAAAAACCAUCGCGGCUGUCUUCGUCAAAUAGGGGCGUUGUUGGAGAUCGUUUACCCAGCGAUAAAAGGCAUUCUUCGAGGAACCAGAAUAAUCACUUUUAUCAUAGGGAUAGCCCACAUGAGGGCGCGGUCGGGCAGGAUGACCGGCAUUAUCGGCCUCGUCGCUGAUAUUUCUUGGGAAUGCUUCUGUCUUGGAGUCUAUUGUGGCUAUAUAGAAAAUGGGAUGUUUUGUACUCGCCUAGAAUAAUACCAUACUGUAGGUUUCUGUAGACCGUCGCGAUCGUACGCUUUUCGAAAGCGGCUGGCCUUGGUCGCAGCAUUCGUAGG